CGGUGGUGGCCGGGGGGGGGCCCUGAGGGGGCGGUGCAGUUCCUGGCGGUGGGUGACUGGGGGGGGGUCCCCGACCCCCCUUUCGCCACCCCUCGUGAGGUGGCCACAGCGGCAGCCAUGGGACGUGCAGCCACCGACCUCGGCGCCGACUUUGUCCUCGCCCUUGGGGACAACUUCUACUAUGAGGGGGUACGGGAUGAGUGGGACCCCCGCUUCCAGGAGACCUUCGAGCGGGUGUUCACAGCCCCAGGGCUCCAGGAGCUGCCCUGGUUCGUGCUGGCUGGGAACCACGACCAUGCUGGGAACGUCACUGCGCAGCUGGCAUAUGGGCACCACUCCCCCCGAUGGCACUUCCCGCACUACUACUACAGCCUGCGCCUCUCCCUGCCGGGCACCAACGCCUCGGCCCGGCUGCUGAUGCUGGACACGGUGCUGCUCUGCGGUGGUGGGGAUGACUUUGGGGUGGGGGGUGCCCCCAAGGGGCCCCCAGAUGCGGGGGCGGCGGCAGCACAGCUGGCCUGGCUGCGGGGACGCCUGGCUGCUGCACGCCACGACCGCUACGUGCUGGUGGCUGGCCACUACCCGGUGUGGUCAGUGGCCGAGCAUGGCCCCACUGCCUGCCUGGUGCGGCUGCUGCGGCCGCUGCUGCGGCGCUACCGCGUCACUGCCUACCUCUGCGGCCACGACCACAACCUGCAGUUCCUGGAGGAAGGGGGGGUUGGCUAUGUGGUGAGCGGCGCCGGCAACUUCGUGGAAGAGUCCCAGCACCACAGUGGGGCCGUGCCCCCCGGCUCCCUCCGCUUCUUCUUCGGGGCGCCCGCGUCCCCCGGUGGCUUUGCCCACCUGCGCCUGGACGCCCAUGCGGCCACCGUCACCUACCUGGAAGCCACCGGCCGCGUCCUCUACCGUGUGGCCUUGCCCCCCCGCGACCUGUGACCCCCGAGACCCCCGGCGCCUGACCCCCGCAGUGCCAGGACCCUGGAGGACCCCAGGACCCGAGACAGCGGGGGAUGCAGGGCGGCACCUGGUGGCACCCCCGGCCCCCGGCAUGGGGGGGCGCCCAUCACGGACCCUUGUGUCCCCAGGCCGUGUGGGACCCCGCGGGGGCAGCCAGCAGCCCCCGGCCCCCUUGAUGCUGGGGGACCCCGUGGGGGCACGGGGCCGGACCCCUCGUGACCCCUGACCUGGGGACACAGGGCAGGACCCCCGUGACAGCUGACCUCGGGGACUCCCGAGGCCCUGUAGGAGCCCCUAGCCCCGACCUCCACGGGUCCCCAGUGCGCCCCCAAUAAAGGGCUUUGGACGGA